UACGCCAACACCAUGGCCGUGGGCACAUCCUCUUCGAUGCUCGGCGGCGCUCUCCUCCUCCUACUUGUCCUCUCCUCGGCCAUUGAUGUUCACGGCGGGUCAAGCUCCAGCGCCGCGCCACGUUCCCCGCUGGACGAGCUCUGCAUCGGCCUAGGCGGCUGGUACGUCACGCCGGACAUGUGCGUGUCCGCGCUCUGCAUUGACCCCUCCUGCCGCUCCGCACGCGGCUUGCCGGAGCUCGCGGUUCUGGCCACCAAGCUGACGGUGGCCAACGCCACAGUAGCCAAAACCAGCAUCGAGUCUGCGCUCGCCCAUGCCAAGAACGUCAAGGCCAGGAAGGUCAUGCGGUCGUGCCUGCAGCUCUACGUCGGCGCCGUCCCGCGGCUGCAGUGGGCGGCGCGGUCGGUCGCUGCGGGGCGAUAUAGCGGCGUUCCGGACGUGCUAGAGGCAGCCUAUAGGGACGUGUCACAGGGGUGCAGCAGCUUGGCCGGCGAGGUGGCGCUUCCCAAGGAGAACAACGAGUUCUUCAUGAUGGCCUUCGUCGUGCACGCCGUCGUCGAUCGGGUGCAGCGUAUUAUCGGCUGACCAA